GCAGAGCGAAGGGGUGUGUUGCAUCAUAACGGAUCACAACAAAUUAAUUCUGCACGCCAGAUAGAUACACAUGGAACGAUGGAAGUAUCCGAGAACAACAGCUUGAAUUGUACGCAAAAGGAUAAUGCGAAGAAAGAAUCGAUUUCCUUUAACCAGGGUUUCAGCCUGUAUAAUACCAGAGAGAAACCUGAGAGCGGCCACCAGCCUCCCACCACAGACAACAGCACACGGCGGCAACUCAUCCGAGCGCUCACCGUGCCCAACGUUGCUCGACUUCAGUGAUCGACGGGAACUGGUGUUUUGCAACGUGGCGCGGCCGUUGUCAAUUCGUUUACGCUCGGAAAUACGCAGAAAAGUGCUCGCACCGCCAAAAUGCCCAACUCUGCCUUUAACGUACCACCUGGCUUCUGUUCGGAUUGCGGCUCGAUUCUGCCCAUAAGCAAGCAAGGACCAAUCGUGUGUUAUGCCUGCAAAAGGCAGUGGGGUCCUGAAGUUUUGGGCGACAUGGCGAUAACGUACACGAUUCACAUGAACUCAACAAACACGUACCAGACAGCAAAGGAUUCCAAUGACAGUGAGGAUGAAGCUGAGGGGCCAGUCAUUGACCGAAGGUGUCCGCAGUGCCAGAACGACAAAAUGUCGUAUGCAACGCUGCAACUGAGGUCCGCCGAUGAAGGGCAGACUGUAUUCUACACGUGUACCAAGUGCAAGUACAAGGAAACGGAGAAUUCGUAGCUCAACGUUAUGUAUUAUAUUUUGUAUUAUACACGUUUUAUAUAAAGCAUUAUUAUAGUAGCU